GCGGCGGGAAGCGCCGCCCCCGGAAGCGGGAGCUGGGCCCGGCGGGUCUCGGCGGAGCCCCGCAGCCAUGCCCGCCUUCAGGCAGGUGGGCGAGAAGCAGCUGCCGCAGGAGGUCGUGUUCAUGUCCUGGUCCCCCAAAAGGGACCUCAUCGCCCUGGCCAACCGAGCGGGGGAGGUUUUACUUCAUCGGCUUGCAAACUUUCAACGUGUUUGGAGUUUGCCUCCAAAUGAAAAUACAGGAAAAGAAGUGACUGCUCUUGCUUGGAGACCAGAUGGCAAAAUUUUGGCUUUUGGCCUUGCUGAUACCAAGAGGAUUAUUCUGUGUGAUGUAGAAAAGCCUGAAAGCUUGCACUCCUUCUCUGUGGAGUUAUCUAUUACAUACAUGCAUUGGAUGGAAGUAACUGAGGAAAGCAGUGUUCUCACUUCCUUUUACAAUGCUGAAGAUGAAUCAAACCUCCUUUUGCCUAAAUUACCAGCACUACCAAAAAAUUACAGUACCACUGCAAAAAUUUUCAGUGAAGAAAAGUCAGAUGAGAUUAUGAAGCUUCUGGGUGAUGUCAGACUUAAUACUCUCGUCCUUGGUGGCAGCUCAGGAUUUAUUGAGAUAUAUGCUUAUGGAAUGUUCAAGAUUGCUACAGUAAAUGGGGUGGCAGGUUCUUGUCGUGGACUAUGUUUGUCUAGUGAUUUGAAAUCACUGUCAGUUAUUACAGAGAUAGAAAGCUCUUCAGACAGCGAAGCAGAGAUAAUGUAUUUUCAGUUGGACACUAGUUUGUUAUCAAGUUACUUACCUGAGGUAACUCGAAUGGCCCGGAAGUUUACUCACAUUUCAACUCUGUUACAGUAUAUAAAGCUGUCAUUGACAUGCAUGUGUGAAGCAUGGGAAGAAAUACUGAUGCAGAUGGACUCACGACUAACAAAGUUUGUACAGGAAAAGAAUACAACCACUUCUGUUCAGGAUGAGUUUAUGCAGCUGUUGUUAUGGGGCAAAGCAAGUCUGGAACUUCAGGCAUUACUAAUGAACCAACUGACAGUAAAGGGUUUAAAAAAACUUGGCCAGUCCAUAGAGUCUUCUUAUUCCAGUAUACAAAAGUUGGUUAUAAGUCAUUUGCAGAGUGGCUCUGAGGCACUUUUAUACCACUUGAGUGAAUUGAAAGGGAUGGCUUUAUGGAAACAAAAAUAUGAGUCUCUGGGAUUAGAUGCAUCUGGAAUUGACGAGGCUAUUACUGCUGUUGGUUCUUUCAUCCUGAAGGCAAAUGAGCUGCUUCAAGUGAUUGACAGUAGUAUGAAAAACUUCAAGGCAUUUUUUCGAUGGCUCUAUGUUGCCAUGUUGAGGAUGUCAGAAGAUCAUGUGCUUCCAGAGCUGAACAAGAUGACUCAAAAAGAUAUCACAUUUGUUGCCGAUUUUCUUACUGAGCACUUCAAUGAGGCACCAGAACUUUACAAUCGUAAAGGAAAAUACUUCAAUGUGGAGAGAGUUGGCCAGUACUUGAAAGAUGAAGAUGAUGAACUUGUAUCACCACCUAAUACAGAGGGAAACCAGUGGUUUAACUUUCUUAAAGAUAGUACUCAUCUUAAAGAAAGCCCACUUCUGUUUCCCUACUAUCCUGAGAAAUCACUGCAUUUUGUCAAAAGGCAAAUGGAAGGGGUCAUUGAUCAGUGUAUACAAAAACCAGCAGAUGUAAUUGGAAAGUCAGUGCAUCAAGCAGUCUGCAUAUCUCUCUACAAAGUUUCUCAAAGUGAAGAUUCCACACCUCAGUUAUUUAAAUUACCAUUUCUGUGGAAUGACAAAACAUCUAAUUUACAUUAUGUUCUCUUCACCAUGUUAGAAAAUUCUAUUUCUAAAAUACACAUUUUGAGGAGACAUACUGAUACUUCCAGGUCUGUCAGUAAUGGGAUUCUUGCAGUAGAGUUUGGAAACUUCUUGAACAAUAGUAUAAAUGAGAGCUCAGACUCCAGAUGCUACAGUUGUUUGGAUGCUCACUUCUACGAUGACGAAACUGUAACUGUAGUUCUGAAAGAGAGUGUGCAACAAGAGGGGAAGGAGAGAGUCUUGGCUCAGCUGCCUUUAUCUUCAGUAUACACGGAUGAGGACCAAGAUAGGAAAUUCAUUUGGGAUUCUGUGGAAAGGCUGGAUGAGCGAAGCAGUGAGAUACCCACACGUACUGUCUUCUUGGAGAGUCAGUGGAGAGUGCUGGAGAACAUGAAAGCUCAGUAUGUUUCUGUAAAUGGCAUUAGAAAAGUUUCUUGUGUGCUAAGUUCAAACCUCCGCCACAUCAGGGUGUUUGAGAUGGAUGUAGAGGAUGAUGGGGAAGUUGAGGAAGAAGAGGAAGAAGAAACAACUCAGAUUGCAGCUGGGGAACCUGAUGAGCCAAAUCAGCCUGCGGAUGGCCAGGACAAUGUGUGUGAUGCAUCUGCUGAAGAACUACCUGAUGAAACUGAAGAACGCGAGACAAGUCUGGAUCCUUGAAAUAGGCUUUGGUAAUAGUAAAGGGACAGGACCGAACUGUAAAUAAUGUUUUUAAUGGCACAAAGAAAUUGUGUACUGAAGAAUGAACAGAAAAUACUAAAAGCAAGUUCAAACUCAUCCAGGCUGCUACAGUAAGCAGGGAUGUUAUCAGUACUGUCCCUGGGACUGGGAGUGAUGUGCAGUGAUACAUUUGAAAGGUCAUCUAACUAGUUAGAAAGUAAUCUGACUUCAGGCUGCUGAGGUGAUGGAUCCCAUACCUCCUCAAGCAGCUGAAUCAAGCUGGAAUUCUGUGUUGCUUCUCAGCUAAGAUUGUGUUCUAGAAUACCUUUAUUGACUCUUUUCUGUCUGGCACACAGUUUGAUACCAGCUAAAGCUUUGAAAGCUUUUCUAUUUGCCAUUGUUAAUAGGUGAAGAGAAAAAGAAAUACCAGCUGAAGUUUUUGUAGCUAGUCUGUUCAGUCCUGAAUACUGUUAUAAAGAUAAAAUAAAGUUGUAUAUAAAACCAACAAAACUUGAGGCCUAAUUCUUUGCUUCUCAGACUUUGUGUUCUAGUAAUGGGUAUGAAAGUUUCCUGUAGAACCAAAACAUAAGAUUGCAAAUCAGUGUAGGGCUAGUGACACAACAAAAUUUAGCAACUGUUAAUGAAAUGCAUAAUUUUAAAAGCUCUUUGGAUAACAUCUGUCCUUGGUAACAUAGCAUUUCAAUCUAUGCAGUUCUUUAGUCCUCAGUGCAAUGUGUGUGUGCAGUGCAUGAUUUGUCAAAUGUUUCCAUGUCUCAGCCUGCCUAAUUUCUGUGAAUUUAUUCCUGGAUGCCUGUCUUCUCAGUCUGGAAUUUUUUGUAAUGAAAAAUUUCAACAGUGUAUUUUUAAAUUAUGAUUUAGCAUUGGAGGUUGUGCAUAGUCCUCAGCAUAAUUAUGUUACUUGCAAUUUAUAUAUUACUGUAGGCAUGAUGUAGUGCUAAGCAGUAGAAACUAGAACCAACAUUUAGAAAUCUAAAAUGUUUUCUUCUUCCCUACUAGCUGUCAUUCUUAACUGACUUAAAACUCAGCUCUUUGAA